GGAAAUCUAGUGGCUAGUAGUUACUAUUUUUCAAAAAUAAUUCUUAUGUACAAGUUUUAACUCAUUUAUAUACGUGUUAAUAAUGCACAUAAUGUAUAUUUAUAAAAUGUAUAUUUUUUAAUUUUUAUCACAUCAAUGUAUCUAUGUGACUGUUAUAAUUGUAUAAAUGAUAAAUAGGAAGUGUUACUUUAACAUUUAAAUUUUUUUUAUUAUUAAGACAUUAUCCACAAAUGGCUCAAGAAGUAGUAUAUGGAACUCAAGACGAUACCCAUGUCGUUAUGUCGGAAAAAGUUCAAUCGUUAGCCGGUAGUAUCUACCAGGAAUUUGAAAAAAUGAUAUCUAAAUACGAUGAAGAAGUUGUUAAAAACUUAAUGCCAUUGGUUGUGAACGUGUUGGAAUGUUUGGAUCUUUCCCAUACGGAAAAUCAAGAACAUGAAGUUGAAGUCGAACUUUUAAGAGAAGAUAAUGAACAAUUAGUUACUCAAUAUGAGAGGGAAAAACAAUUACGAAAAUCUGCUGAACAAAAACUGCUGGAAAUGGAAGAUUAUAUAGAAGAUGAAAAAAAAGAUUAUCAAAGUAAAAUAGAGAGUUUAGAAUCUAUUGUGAGAAUGUUAGAGUUAAAAGCCAAAAAUGCUUCAGAUCAUGUUUAUAGAUUAGAAGAAAAAGAGCAAGAUAUGAAACAAGAGUAUACAAAACUGCAUGAACGAUACACUGAAUUAUUUAAAACCCAUAUGGAUCAUAUUGAGCGCACAAAAAUAUUAAUGGGAUCUGGUGAUCGUAUGGACAAUCCUAGAAGUAUGCGCAUGCCAUUUAUGAGUAUGGCCCAUUUAAAUAGGUCUUCUGGACCAGUUUCAUUUGGAUUUAGUUCUCUUGAAAGUCCUAACCUUAAAUCUAUUGAGGGUUCAAAUGAAUACCCAUUAAUUAUAUCAAAUUCUCCUCCAGGAAGUAUGCAUUCUAACUCUAGUCUGAAAAAUGAAUUACAAACUCCACACGAUACUGAAACUUCUGAAGCAGAAAACAAUUUACGUAUUGACCAAGUAUCAGAGCGAGGUUGGUCUGAAACUUUGAAUUCCAUAAGCAAAGCUGAUAGUAGUCCUGAUGAAGUAUCAGAAAUUGCAGAAGAGAUUGAGGCAACGCCUAAAAAUACUAUUAUGUCACUUAGUGGGCGAAGUCAUACUCAAAAGGAACAAAGAACUGCUACUAAUGUUUUAUAUCAAGAAUUCAGCUUCCAAGACAAUGAAAUUCAAAAUGAAAUAGAAGAAGUACCAGAAAUUACUGGAAAUUGGGUGCACCCUGGAGACUAUGCCUCAUCUGUCAGCAGUGAGACUGAGUCAGAAACUCCAUUCUCGAUAGUAAAUGAUAACUUUUUCGGUAUGGGAAAAGAAGUGGAAAAUCUCAUAAAAGAAAAUACAGAAUUAUUGGCCACCAAAAAUGCCCUCAACAUUGUUAAAGAUGAUUUAAUUAUUAAAGUUGAUGAACUUACAAGUGAACAACAUAUUUUACGUGAAGAGUUGAAAUCUUUGCAAACAUUAAAUAUUCGUUUGACUCAAAAAGCUUCUGAAGUCGAAGAAGAAUUAAAAAAAACCAAACAAGAAUUAGAACAGCUUAAAGUUAAUAAAUCGGACUCUGAUGAAGAAAAAUCAUAUGCGGAACGUAAGCGUUUUACUCGUGUUGAAAUGGCUAGAGUUAUUUUAGAACGAAAUAAAUUCAAAGAACAACUAAUGGAUUUAGAAGAAUCUUUACGUUGGCAAGAAACUGUACGUGCCAUUCGAUUAGAGCCAAAUGAGAAAAAAAAACAGGGUGUGUGGAGACUUUUUAGCAGCUUGUUUGGUACCAGUGCCAAGCCAAAUGAAACCGGACUUGGAAGUGGAAAUAGCGGAGGAGGCAUAGCUGCACGCCCAAGAUCAAUUCAUUAUGAUCCAUCUUCUCAUCAAGUUGGCCCACCUAGCAUAAUGAAAAGACGCAGUAUGAUUGAAGGGGGAAGGUAUAGUCGAUAUGAAGAUGAUAUUUAUAGUGAUAAAUCAAAACGUUCUGAUCGAAGAGUACAUUUUGGUAGAAUACGUACACAUAUUCCUAGAGAAGAUAGCUGGUUACAAGCUUAUGGUUGGAGUAUGCCAGCUGAUCCAUCAAAUGGAAGACCUCAUUUAAGUAUGCCACAAACUAACAGUCCAAGUACUAACUAUCCAGUUCCAGUUCUAGUAAAUUGUUGUUCACCACUUGCUGAUACGGAACCUGGAAUGAAGAUGUGGUGUGCUACUGGUGUUAAUCUUAGUGGUGGUGUUACUAAAGACGGCGGAGAAAUAGUUGGGGCUAGUGUAUUUUACAAUGAUAACAAUGUAGAAGAACCAAAUAAUACACUUAUUGAACUAAAAUCUACAGUUGACGAAAGCAUGGAAAUGCAAAAAUUAGAUGAAGAGUUAAAAGAAAAUAGUAGGUCAAAUAUAGAAUCUGAACUAGUAUUAUCAUCACUUAUCUGGAUAUGUACUACAACUAAUAAUAACACUAAAGUAGUUAUUAUUGAUGCCAAUAAGCCUGAUAUAGUGUUAGAAACCUUCAACAUUUCCUGUCAAGCUCAUAUUGGUUGUAUAGCUUCAGUACCAGGUGCCUUGGAAAGUGAUUAUAAAGAUAAUGAUAUCAUAAAUUGUGAACCUGAGCAAACAGAAGAAGUCACUGAAGAAGAUAAACAAGUUCCAAAAGAAAGUAAAUCUGACCCGGAAAUAGGCAAAAUAGUGUUUGUUAGUUGUGCGGCUGGAAGUGAAGAAACUAAUUUAAAUAAUACUCAUAAAACAGAUGAAAUUUCAAGUGAAACAAAUUCUGAUAAUCAUGAUGAUGAAGAUAGCAUAUCAGAUUCUGUUCAGCCAAAUAUUAAUAGCUGUGACAUAUCAAGAAGACCUAGCCUAUUAAAAGAAGGUAUCAUAAAGGAUGGAUUAUCUGACCCUCCAAAUGAUAAUGGAAUAGCUAAAGAAGAUCUUGAUAAAAUGUCAAGUGUUUUACCCACAGUUUGGUUAGGAUUUGAAAAUGGUUGUAUAUUUGUACAUUCUGCCAAAUCACAAUGGAAGCAAUGUUUACAUUCUGUCAAAUUAAAAGAUGCUGUUUUAAGUAUCAUUUAUGUUGAUGGUCGUGUUUUAUGUGCUCUGGCUAAUGGUACUGUAGUGGUUUUUCGGCGUGAUCUUGAUGGCCGAUGGGAUUUAAGCAAAUAUUAUAGUGUAACUCUAGGACCACCUCAAAACGCAGCUCGAUGUUUAGUAUCUGUUAAUAGUAAACGAGUUUGGUGUGGUUAUAAAAAUAAAGUGCAUAUUAUCCAUCCACGUUCAUUGGUUGUUAUACAUUCGUUAGAAGCACACCCUCAUAAAGAGAGCAAAGUACGCACUAUGGUUUGGGUAGGAGAUGGCGUAUGGGUAUCUAUUCGUCUUGAUUCAACAAUAAGGCUUUAUCAUGCAUAUAACUAUAGUCAUCUACAAGAUGUUGAUGUGCAACCAUUUAUAAUAAAAAUGCUUGGUUCUGAUAAACCACAACUAUCGUGUAUUAGGAUUACAGCAAUGUUGGUUGCCUCUAAUAGACUAUGGAUUGGUACUGGAAUUGGUGUUGUAAUAUCAGUUCCUCUUUUAGAUAAAGGUUUGUUAGGUUUUCCAAUUAAUAAAGAAGUAAAACUGUACUCGGAGCCUAUAACUCAAGAGAUUACACCAAGUAGCUUCAUACCAUAUUGCUCAAUGGCCCAUGCACAACUUUCAGUGCAUGGUUUUAGAGAUUCAGUUAAAUUUUUUGUGUCUGUACCAGGAUCUGGAGGUUUUUCAGCAGCAUCUGCUAUUCAACAAGAUGAUCCUAUUGUUGAAAGUGUACCGGAUGCCGAACAUUUGACAUCAACAUUGAUUAUAGCUGGUGGUGAAGGUUAUAUAGAUUUUAGAUCUGAUGAACAAGGAGAUAGUGACUAUUUUGACCGGACAGAAAAAAAUCAGUUAUUCCUUUGGGAAGUUCUUACAGAUUAUAAAAAUAAAGUAAGAACAAAUGUUGAAUUACUGAAUAAUACAAUUUAGUUACUCUGGAUUUACUGAAAAUUUCAUAUGAAGUGCCAUUUGUAUUGUUUUAUUUUAACUGAUUUUAUUCAAUGGUAUUCAAACUGCUCUUCCUUCGUUUUAUUUUAUUACUAUUAACUGUUGCCUUUGUUACCUUAUUAUUGUCUCCGUUUGUUAUAUUAUUAUUAUUAUUAUUUACAUUAUAUUAUAUUGUGCUGUGAUUUAUAACUCAUUUAGUACAUGUUUGAGGUAUUUUUUGUAACUGUUGUUUGUUGUUUUUUUUUAUUAUCGGACAAUAUUUUAUUACUUUGU